AUGUCGGACUCGAAUCCAUUCCAUCAAGACCAGGACUCGAACACCCAAGGUCGCCGUAACAGAGCACCUACCAUCACCAUAGACACAUCAGCAGGCAAUGAUCACACCACAACAGGGCUGAAUGCCUACCAGACUCCGCCUACCGAGCUGCGCCCAACGAACUCCUUUGACGAGAACAGCCGGCCAACCUCUCCUCACAAUGUCUCUUCGCCAACAUUUAACAACCCCCAGAACUUCCUCUCGGUCCCUCCAGCACGCUCACGUGCAGGCUCCUUCGACACUCUUGGUGCCGAAUCGUCAUCCACAGGAACAUACGUCAACUCAUCACCAGAGCACGGCAUGCCCAAAGCCUUUGGCCCUCAAGACAGCCAUGGCGGUCCCGAGGUUCUCAGCGCUGCUGAGGCGUUGCACCCGGAUCCUGGCACCGAGGCAGACUUCACCCGCGAGAACAACCCCUUCGCCUUUACCCCUGGCCAGAUGGGCAGGAUGUUCAACCCCAAGAGUCUGGGUGCAUUCCAUGCCCUGGGAGGAAUCGCAGGUAUCGAGAAGGGUCUCCGAUCUGACCGCAAGACUGGUCUGAGCUUGGAGGAGCAGCACCUUGAUGGCCAGAUUUCUUUCGAAGAGGCAACUGAUCAUGAAAAUCCCAACGCACAAUAUGUUUCCAAGGGCGGCAACAGCACCACGUCUGCUAGUGGCCCCUUCUCCGAUCGUAUUCGCAUCUUCGGCGACAACCGUCUUCCCGAGAAGAAGGCCAAACCGCUGUGGCGUCUCGCUUGGGAGGCAUACAAAGACAAAAUCCUUCUCUUGCUUACCGGUGCUGCUGUAAUCUCGCUCGCCCUGGGUCUCUAUCAGACUUUCGGCACUCCCAAGGUCAACGGAGAACCUCAUGUGGAAUGGGUCGAAGGUGUCGCCAUCGUCGUUGCCAUUGUCAUUGUCGUCUCGGUCGGAGCUCUCAACGACUGGCAAAAGGAGCGUCAAUUCGUCAAGCUCAACAAGAAGAAGGACAACCGUGUUGUCAAGGUCAUUCGAUCUGGCAAGACUCUGGAAAUCUCGGUCCACGACAUCUUCGCUGGUGACGUCUUGCUUCUCGAGCCUGGUGACAUGGUUCCCGUCGACGGUAUCCUCAUCGAAGGUCACGGCAUCAAGUGCGACGAAUCUUCUGCCACCGGCGAAUCUGACAUAAUCAAGAAGAGUGCUUCCGAGGAGGUCUGGCGUGCCAUGGAAGCCCACGAGCCGCUUAGAAAACUGGAUCCCUUCAUUCUCUCUGGCGCCAAGGUCACCGAAGGUAUGGGCAAGUUUCUUGUUGUCGCUACUGGUGUCAACUCGAGCUACGGCAAGACCAUGAUGUCUCUCCGCGAGGACAGCGAAGUCACUCCUCUGCAGUCAAAGCUGAACACUUUGGCCGAAUACAUCGCCAAACUCGGUGGAGCUGCUGCUCUGCUGCUGUUCAUCGUGCUUCUGAUCAAGUUCUGUGCAAAGCUUCCUGGAGACCGUAGAACCCCUUCAGAGAAGGCCCAGAACUUUCUCAACAUUCUUAUUGUCGCUGUCACCAUCGUUGUCGUUGCUGUUCCGGAAGGUCUGCCUCUAGCCGUCACCCUCGCACUGGCUUUCGCAACCAAGCGUAUGACCAAAGACAACAACUUGGUCCGUGUUCUCAGAUCUUGUGAGACCAUGGGCAAUGCAACUACAGUCUGCUCUGACAAGACCGGUACUCUCACCCAAAACGUCAUGACUGUUGUCGCCGGAACCGUCGGAACCACUUCUCGCUUCAGCAGCAAGGUUGGUAAGGACCAGGAUAACCAAGCAGCCAGUGUCGAUAGCGUGGACACCAAUGAGUUUGUUGGUACUCUGGGCGACAAUGUCAAGACUCUCAUGAAGGACUCUAUCGCGUUGAACUCUACUGCCUUUGAGGGCGAAGAAAAUGGUAAGCCCACUUACAUCGGCUCAAAGACGGAAACAGCUCUUUUGUCCUUCGCUCGCGACUUCCUGGGUAUGGACUCCAUCAGCACUGAACGCUCCAACGCCGAGCUUGUCCAAUUUAUGCCAUUCGAUUCCGGUCGCAAGUGUAUGGGUGUUGUCCAGAAGAUCGGCAACAAGUACAGACUUUACGUCAAGGGUGCUUCUGAGAUCAUGCUAAGACAUGCUACUAUGAUCAUCAGAGACCCCAGCAAGGGCGUUGAUGCUGUGUCCAUUUCCAACGACAAUGUAUCAACACUCAACCAGCUCAUCGAGACUUACGCCUCCAACUCUCUUCGUACCAUCGGCUUCCUCUACCGCGACUUCGAACAGUGGCCUCCUAAGAACGCCCGCAGAUCUGAAGACGACAAGACUCAAGUCAUCUUCGAAGAUGUCCUCAAGGACAUGACCUUCCUCGGCGUUAUCGGUAUCCAGGACCCUCUUCGUGCUGGUGUCACAGACGCUGUCAUGGACUGUCUUACUGCUGGCGUCUUUCCUCGUAUGGUUACCGGUGACAAUAUUAUGACUGCAAAGGCCAUUGCCACCGAGUGCGGUAUCUUCACUCCUGGAGGUGUCGCUCUUGAGGGACCUGUCUUCAGAAAGAUGUCCAAGGCAGAGCAACUGGCUGUCAUUCCCAAGCUCCAAGUUCUGGCAAGAUCUUCUCCUGACGACAAGCGUGUCCUCGUUAAGCGUCUCAAGGAAAUGGGUGAGACUGUCGCUGUUACUGGUGAUGGUACCAACGAUGCCCCUGCUCUCAAGGCUGCCGAUGUGGGAUUCUCCAUGGGUAUCGCCGGUACUGAGGUCGCGAAAGAGGCCUCUGACAUCAUUCUCAUGGACGACAACUUUGCUUCCAUCAUCAAGGCCCUCAUGUGGGGUCGUGCUGUCAACGACGCUGUCCAGAAGUUCCUGCAAUUCCAGAUCACUGUCAACAUUACAGCUGUACUGUUGGCCUUUGUGUCAGCCGUUGCCAGUGACGAUGAAGCUUCUGUCCUCACUGCUGUUCAACUUCUCUGGGUAAACCUCAUCAUGGAUACAUUCGCCGCGCUGGCUCUCGCUACCGAUCCACCCACCCGCAACAUCAUCAAUCGCAAGCCUGCUCCCAAGUCUGCUCCUCUCAUCACAGCGAACAUGUGGAAGAUGAUCAUCGGCCAAGCCAUCUACCAGCUCAUCGUCACUUACAUCCUGUACUUUGGCCAGAAGCGUGGUGGCUCUGGUCUGCUGAGCUAUGCCAACGAGGGUGAACGUGAAAGACUCAACGCCAUGGUCUUCAACUGCUUCGUCUGGAUGCAGAUUUUCAACAUGUUCAACAACAGACGUCUCGAUAACAAGUUCAACAUCUUCGAAGGUGUUCAACGCAACUCGUUCUUCAUCUUCAUUGCGCUUAUUAUGAUCGGCGGUCAGGUGAUGAUUAUGUUUGUUGGUGGUCGCGCCUUCAGCGUCGAAAGACUCACUGGAGAGCAAUGGGCAUACUCGGUUGGUCUUGGUGCCAUCUCCAUCCCAGUCGGUAUCAUCAUUCGUCUGAUUCCUGACGAGCUUGUCGUACGCCUGGUUCCAGCUUGGCUCAAGCGCAAGGCCGCACCCAAGCUUGUCGUAGAAGACGAGGAGCGACCUUUCGAGUACAGCCAGGCUCUUCUUGACAUCCGCGAUGAACUCGCCUUCAUCAAGAGAAUCAAGGGUGGUCGCCUCAACCAGAUCAAGUUCACUCUCAAGCACCCUCGCGAAGCUCUUCUCCAUUCACGCUCGGUAUCCAGAUCGCGUAGUAGCAUGUCUCUGCCGCAAACACCCAACGGUGAACACGAUGGAGAAGCUCAAUCGCUUGCACCUCCCACACCCGACUCUCGCCGCCGCUCGCGUGGUCGUUCAAGAUCGAACUCGGCAUUUGCUGGCGCUGCCAUGGCGGGUAUCGUGGCAGGCAGCAUCGGCGCUGCAUGGUCUCCGAUAGAACGAGGCCAUGGCGAUGCCGACAGCAUGAAGUUUGCACGCGCUAGAUCGCGAAGCGAUCUGAGCCGUGAGAGCGGCCUCGACAUCCACCCCGACACUAAGCCUCAGGACCCUGUCGUAGUUCAACAGCAAGUUGAUGGACACCACCCACCAAGUCAGUCCAACGACACCACUCCAGCCUUCGGAUCGGGACCAUUCGCUGGACAUCCUGACAUCAAGGAUGUUGGUAACAACAAACAGUAG